GUCAGUCCCUACCCAGGUUUGUUUCCUGGAGUGGGUGUAAGACAUCAGUUGUAAACCUGCCCUAGCAGGAAUAGCGGUCCCUCCCUCCUCCCAACUAUUUCUGAGGCUUUAUUUCUAAGGCUUUAUCAUCACCGGUGGAAAAGGAUCCGCUCACCGACGCGCUCCGGUAUCAUCCCUCCUCGCGGCUCCUAUCCGUAACAAAACCUCCAAACGCCUCUUUAAAAACAGAUAUCAGACUGAAAUCAAGGAAUCGAGUCCAUGCGAGCUGCCAUCUGAUCCCCACACACACUUAUCAAUGAAGGAAGAGAUCAUGGCGGAUGGCCCCAGGUGUAAGAGGCGAAAACAAGCCAACCCGAGACGGAAAAACGCCCUCAACUACGAGAAUGUGGUGGAGACGGGCUCGGAGACCGAGGAGGAGGACAAGCUGCCGGUGUCCGAGGAGGACCCGCUGAUCAACGGCUCGGGCAGCCCGGCCAGCCUCACCAACCCCGAGGCCUCGCCGCGCGCCGAGAGCCGCGGCCCGCUCAGCAAGGAGGAGGAGGACGACGAGAUGCGGGACAGCGGCGUGGAGCACAUCUGGCCCGACAACGACAUGCUCAGCGCCUCCGUGGACGGCACCGAUGAAAUAAAAGAUGAUUUUGAUGUCAUGGGGCCUGAUGCCACUUUGCAGGCGGUUGGAAACGGUACAGUCAAGAGUAUGGAUUGCACUUCGGAGCUGGAGGACUUCUUCUCCAAGCGGAAGCUGGACGAGGGCGACAGCCACGUGGUGAGCAUCGCCGAGUACCUGCAGCGCGGCGACACCGCCAUCAUCUACCCAGAAGCCCCGGAGGAGCUGAGCCGCCUGGGCACGCCGGAGGCCACGGGGCCGGAGGAGAACGACCUGCCACCUGGAACGCCAGAUGCCUUCGCCCAACUGUUGACCUGCCCCUACUGCGACCGCGGCUACAAGCGUUUGACAUCGCUGAAGGAGCACAUCAAGUACCGCCAUGAGAAGAACGAGGAGAACUUCGCCUGCCCUCUGUGCAACUACACGUUCGCGUACCGCACUCAGCUGGAGCGGCAUAUGGCCACGCACAAGCCCGCCCGGGAUCAGCACCAACUGCUCAACCAGGCGGCAGGAAACCGCAAGUUCAAAUGCACCGAGUGUGGAAAGGCCUUCAAGUACAAGCACCAUCUGAAGGAGCAUCUCCGGAUCCACAGCGGUGAAAAACCGUACGAGUGCCCCAACUGCAAGAAGCGCUUCUCGCACUCCGGCUCCUAUAGCUCCCACAUCAGCAGCAAGAAGUGCAUCGGCCUGAUCGCCGUCAACGGCCGCAUGCGGGGAAGCAUGAAGCCGGGCUCCUCCCCCACCUCCGCCUCCGCCUCCCCCACCAACACCGCCAUCACCCAGCUGCGCCAGAAGCUGGAGAACGGCAAGCCCCUGGGCCUCUCCGACCACAACAACCACCUGCACAUCAAGACGGAGCCGCUCGACUUCAACGACUACAAGCUGAUGAUGGCGACUCACGGGUUCGGCGCUCCGGGGCCCUUUAUGAACGGAGGAGUGGGAGGGAACAGCCCGCUCGGGGUCCAUCACAACUCCACGGGUCAGAGCCCCAUGCAGCACCUGGGCAUGGCCAGCCUGGAGUCGCAGCUCCUGGGCUUCCCCGCUGCGCUGGGGAACAACCUGAGCGAGGUCCAGAAGGUCCUCCAGAUCGUUGACAACACUGUGUGCAGGCAGAAAAUGGACUGCAAGCCGGAGGAGCUCUCCAAGCUCAAGGCCUACAUGAAGGAGCUGGGCAGCCAGGUGGAGGAGCAGAAACGGGGGCUGGCGUCAGCAGGGGGGGGCCAGGUCGGUCUUCCACUCGUCAAUCACAACGGCGCCACCAAAAGCAUCAUUGACUACACCUUAGAGAAGGUGAACGAAGCCAAAGCUUGCCUCCAGAGCUUGACAACGGACUCAAAGAGACAGAUUAGCAAUAUCAAACGAGAGAAACCCAACCACAUUCUUGACGGAGGGUUUGACGAGAAGGCGCAGGAAAACAACAUGUUUACACCUUAUGCUUGUCAGUAUUGCAAAGAAACCUUCAACGGGCCAAUACCUCUGCACCAACAUGAACGCUACCUUUGCAAAAUGAACGAGGAGAUCAAGGCCGUUCUACAGCCCAGCGAGAAUCUGAUGCCCAAACCGGGGAUGUACAUGGAGAAGAACAACCACUUGCCCCCCUCCAUGCUGUCUGAGAAGGGAUUCGCGGGGCCCAUCAACCCUUACAGGGACCACAUGUCUGUGUUGAAGGCGUACUUCGCCAUGAACAUGGAGCCCAACUCGGAGGAGCUGCUCAAGAUUUCCAUAGCAGUCGGCCUCCCUCAGGAAUUCGUCAAGGAGUGGUUCGAGCAGCGGAAGCUGUACGAGUACACCACCACCAGGAGCCCCCCACUGGAGCACAGGAACCACUCAGACAUGGUCGUCGGAACCAACAACCACCACACUCCACCAAAAGACUCUUUGGCAGCUAGGUCGCCCGUGUCUCUUUUCAAACCUACUGACCGCAUCACGCCCCCCUCCAUCUCAGAGCUCCACAACAACGCCAACAACUGUGACAACACGCUGAGGCAUCUGAAGAACCACCAGUUUGGCGGCAGCGCCAAACCCGCCGGUGAAAAAUUGGACCACUCCCGCAGCAACACCCCCUCCCCGCUAAACCUGUCCUCCACCUCUUCCAAAAACUCUCACAGCAGCUCCUACACCCCAAACAGCUUGACUUCGGAGGACCUGCAGGCCGAGCCGCUCGACCUUUCCCUACCCAGACUCAUGAGGGAACCCAAGCAUGCACUGACUGUCAGAAGCCGACCGAAGGUCAACAGUAUUACCGUAGAGCAUAACAACGUCCCCUCUCCCCGAGAGCACUUCGAAGAGCCUUUGAACUUGGCCUAUCUCAAGAAGGAGUUCUCUGGCUCGACCAACAACGGAAGCCUUGAAAAAAGCACUAGCCCCAUCUUUGGCAUUAACCCAUUUGCCGGCAAGCCCUUGUACACGUCACUUCCACCUCAGAGCGCUUUCCCACCGGCCACAUUCAUGCCCCCGAUGCAGGCCACCAUACCGGGUCUGCGGCCCUAUCCGGGCAUGGAUCAGAUGGGCUUCCUACCACACAUGGCCUACACUUACGCAGCAGGGGCAGCUACCUUUGCCGAGAUGCAGCAGAGGAGAAAGUACCAGCGGAAACCGGGUUUCCAGGGGGACCUGCUUGACGGUACACCCGAUUACUUGUCAGGGCUGGACGACAUGACAGACCCCGACUCCUGUCUGUCGCGGAAGAAGAUUAAGAAGACCGAAAGUGGUAUGUACGCGUGUGACUUGUGCGACAAAACAUUCCAGAAGAGCAGUUCCCUUCUAAGACACAAAUAUGAACACACAGGGAAGAGGCCGCACCAGUGCCAGAUCUGCAAGAAGGCCUUCAAACACAAACACCAUCUCAUCGAGCACUCCAGACUCCACUCGGGGGAGAAGCCGUACCAGUGCGACAAGUGCGGGAAGAGGUUCUCCCACUCGGGCUCGUACUCGCAGCACAUGAACCACCGCUACUCCUACUGCAAGCGGGAGGCGGAGGAGCGGGAGGCGGCCGAGCGGGAGGCGCGCGAGAAGGGCCACCUGGAGCCCACGGAGCUGCUCAUGAGCCGGGCCUACUUGCAGGGCAUGACUCCUCAGGGCUACCCGGAGCUGGCGGAGCGCGAGGCCAUCAUGCGGCACGACGCCGUCAACGGCGGCAUCAGAGAGGGACGGAAGGAAGUGGAAGGAACGUAUGCAAAGAUCGGACGGAGGGACGAGUUCGAGGAGGAAGAGGAGGAGAGCAAGAGCAUGGACACGGACCCAGACACGUUGAGGGACGAGGAGGAGAACGGAGAGCACUCGAUGGACGAUAGCUCGCUGGAUGGCAAAACGGAAACCAAAUCGGAGCACGAGGACGCGAUGGAGGACGGCAUGUAAUCAGCGACACAGUGACACUUCUGAAGCUUCCCAUCUUAACUUUUUACGUUUCUUUCGGUUCAGUAUUCUUACCUGCUCGGUUUAAAACGCCGUGUUUUAAGCUGCACGUGCCUGAAGCUUCCGGGAAGCUUCCUUGGACGGUCUCCUCGGCAGGUGGGGGGGGGUGGGAUUCGGGGUGGGGGGGGUCUCGAACUCAAAAAUCAAUCUGGAGGAGACAUUGAGGGACGGAGGGAGGCACGGGUUUGUGUGAAAUAAGCUGCAAUAUGCAAACCGAACAACAAAUAAAUGAAUACAUUUCAAAAAAUGUACAGUACUAAGGCCUAAAAAUAUGUGUGGUGCUAACCUCCGAAUAAACCCCCCCCAGUGUUCCAUAGUAUUUAUAGCACAACUAGUGACUUGUACAAAUUGCACUCCGCUUCUAUAAUCACGAACAAAAAUAAUAAAAAGUAUUGCCUAUGUAUAUAUUUAUACAGUGUUGGAAAAAGAGCAGUAGUACCUGCACUACAGUCCUUGGAUAUUCCCUUUGUCAUCACCUGACUACCUACAGUGUCGUCUUUAGUUCCUCCAUCUCCAGCCACACUGUUUUAGGCCUCUCCAAUCAAAUGAAGGAAUUUUAAACCGUGUGAAGGUUUUUUUGUUGUUUUUUUUU